UCGUUAAUUACAUAUAUUUUAUGCACACUUUGAGAAGAAGGAGAGAAGUUUAAAGCUAAGGCAGCAAUGACCAUUCCUUCAAAGCUUAUUCUCCCUUUAUUAUUUGCUCUAGUUAUUUUGCUAUUGAUCCCCUUGAACACCAACUUCUCAAAUUUCUUCACCAUUGAAACCUUUUCUAAUUUCUUGAGCUCCUUUCAUGAAAAAUCAAACCAUCAAUCCAAUAAUAAGCAAGAAAGCAAUGUAGUGCAAAGCUUCAAACCUUCUCGAAAGAGAUCCAAUUCGAGAUAUGACUACAUUGGCUUCAAAAACAUUGAAGAUCUAGAUCCAUCUUCCAUUAACCCUUUGGUGCUCCCAGAGCUCCCCCGGACUUCCCAAUAUCGUGCAAUUUCCAUCAAUGCAAGCCAGUGUUUUCCGGUUGAUUUACCAAAUCAUGCAAUAACAAACACAAAUUGUUGUCCACCUUUACCAUCACCUUAUAAGUUCAAAGAUUUCAAAGAUUUUGCACCUUCAAAUAGUCCACUUAGAGUUAGAAAACCAUUUCACUUAAUUGAUGAAGAGCUUAUAGCCAAAUUUGAAAAAGGUAUUGCUCUAAUGAAAGCACUACCUGAAGAUGACCCACGUAGUUUCUAUCAACAAUCCAAAAUCCAUUGUGCUUAUUGUAAUGGUGCUUAUCAUCAACAAUACCCUUUUGAGAAUCUAAAAGUUGACAUUCAUAGGUCAUGGCUUUUUUUCCCUUUCCAUCGUAUGUACCUUUAUUUUUUUGAGAGAAUCUUAGGGAAUUUAAUUGGUGAUCCAAAUUUUGCAAUACCUUUUUGGAGUUGGGACUCAAUAGAAGGAAUGCAAAUCCCAAAACAUUUCACACGCCUAAAUUCUUCACUUUAUCAUAAACUUAGAGACAAGAACCACAUGCCACCACAUGUUGUUGAUCUUAACUACAAGCUAAAGGAAAAUUAUGUCUCUGCUAAUAAACAAAUUUCUUUCAACUUUGCCACUAUGUACAGACAAAUGGUUUUAGCUUCUACAAAAGAAUUAUUCAUGGGAAGUCCUCUAAGACUUGGAGAUGAGUCUCAUCCAGGUAUUGGUUCUGUUGAAAGUGCUCCUCAUAACACCAUGCAUUCUUGGGUUGGUGCUUCUGAAACUCCAAACCGUGAAGACAUGGGGACAUUUUAUACGGCUGCUAGAGAUCCUCUUUUUUAUCCUCAUCAUUCAAACCUAGAUAGAAUGUGGGUUAUGUGGAAAAAUUUGGGAGAAGGAAGAAAAGAUUAUAGUGAUGAUUUAGAUUGGUUAGAAUCUACUUUUUUCUUCUAUGAUGAAAAUGCCAAUCUUGUUCGUGUGAAGAUAAGAGAUUCUAUUGAUACAAUAAAAUUAGGAUAUGUUUAUGAAGAUGUUAAUAUGCCAUGGCUAAAUUUUAAACCUACAUCAAAAAGAAAGAGUAAAGAACUAAGGGAAGCUAAAAUAGCUAAAAUUUUGAGUUCAAGGGAAAAAAUAUUUUUUCCUUUAGUUUUGGAUUCAAUAAAAAGUGUCAUUGUGAAGAGGCCUAAGAAGUUGAGAAGUAAGGUAGAAAAAGAACAAGAGGAAGAAGUUUUAGUGAUAGAAGGGAUUGAAUUUGGAAGUGAUAAAUCUAUAGCAUUUGAUGUUCAUGUUGAUGAUGUUGAAGAUGACUUGAGUGACCCUGAUCAAGUAGAGUUUGUGGGAAGUUUUGUUAGUUUGCACCAUGGGCAUAAUGGUAAAACUAGCACUAGUUUUAAGGUAGGUAUAUCAAAAGUGUUGGAGAAUUUGAAUGUUGAUGUAGAUGAUGAUUUGGUGGUUACCUUGGUGCCUAAGGUAGGUGAAGGUGAGGUUUGUAUAGGCAAUAUCAUGAUUGAGUUUUUGCCAAAAUACUAGAAUUGUGGGAUUUAUUAAAUUUUUAAGUGUACUUUUGUAAGGUCAACAAGGUUUUUUUGUUUACAUGUAUUGAAUUGAAUGAUUGAUUUUGUACGUUUAAUUUAGAAAUAAUGAUUAUAUAAUAUUGUGCAAUA